UUCUGUAUCCCGUGUGACGUCACCUUGUGUCAGAUGUGCAUCAGGACCUCUGAUGAUCAUAAAAAGCAUGACGUUAGAGAUGUUGAGAAAUUAUUCAGAGAAAUUCACAAGAAAAAAGAUGGAGACGCAGUUUUGAUGUGCCUUCUGCUUUGUCCUUCAUACAAAUUAAUACUUGAAGAACAACACUGGAUAAAGAAGUAUAAUGCUGUUGCUGAAGUUUUCAAAUUCAAGAAGAUUAAGAAGCCGUCUAAUCUUAGCAGCUUAAAGAAGUACAAACCAAUACUGAGACAGGAUAGUGUGAAUGUUGAGUUUUCUUGUGAAUUCUUUAAGCACACCAGUUUUCUUAGAUUCGCUAAAAAUCCAAAUUUUGUGGAUAUAUUUCUGACCUCGGCAGAAAAAGACAACAUUGCUGAGUACUGCAGGUCAUGGGUUUAUCCAAAGAAAGAGGGGGAAGUCUUUUGCUGGUUAUCACCACAACAAACAACACAGUUGAUAGAAAAACUUGGAGAGGAUAUUUUCAUCCACCCAACAUGGCAGGAUACAUCAAUACAUGAGGAUGUAUUUAAAAAUUUUGGUGUACCAAUGCAGAUUUUGAUGAGAGGAGAAGAGUCAGUGAAGAAUUUCAUUGAAAAUCUGAAGAAAGGGGAGACAACCAUGUACCAUGCCUCUGGGAUGAUCAUUGGGUGUGCAGGUAGUGGGAAGUCAACCUUACUAGAAAGACUGAAGGGCAUCAACCUGAAAGAAAUCCUGGAAAGUUCAAAGUCAACACGAGGAAUUGAUGUCCAGGCUGACAUAUUUGAUGUAACUGGAAAAACAAUCAAGGUAAACACAUCCAGCCAAAAACAACGCUUUAAAGUUAAAAUUGAUGAAUCAAGCCAACAAAAGAGUGUUCAGGACAAACCUGCAGAAUUAUCUGGUGACAUGAAAAACUUGAACAUUGAAGAGAAAGGAAAUCAGGAAGAUACAGGCAGUAGAACAAGCGAUAAAGAUUCGGUCAGCGAUGAAGAAAUUACACAUGAGAGCUUGAAUACAGAAUCUGAAUCACGUAAAGGGAAUGAAGCUGCUGCCUUUCUGGAAAAAGAGGAAAUGAUUGAAGACAAACAAAAUAUUCCAAAAGAAUCAGAAAUAUCGGGAAUUUUACGAGUCUCCAAAGAUGCAUCGGAUGAACCAGAGAAAAAAAUUACUAUGGUAGACUUUGCGGGACAGUGUUCAUAUUAUGCCUCACACCAGAUUUUUCUGAGUCCAAGGGCAUUCUUCAUCCUAGUGCUUAAUAUGGAAAAGAAAUUACUUGAAAAGGUGGGAAAAGAAGUCUGUAGCCAGGAAGGUUCAAUUUACGAAGGGUGGACACACAAAGACUAUCUAACGUUCUGGGCCAAGUCCAUUCAUCAAUACAGCAGUGGAAAGGCUCCUGUGUUACUGGUGGGCACUCAUGCUGAAAAAAAGACAAAAGAGGAGAAAGAAAAGUUUUUCCGUGAGAUAUGGACGAGCUUGGAAACAAAGGAUGCGUCUCUGCAAAGGCAUUUUGACAGGGAAAGGAUGUUUGCUGUUGGAUUCCAUGAAAAUGAAUGCAUUGAAAAAAUCAAGCUGUCAGUUGUUUAUGUUGUCAAAAAUCUUGAUCACUGGGGAGAGAAACUUCCAUACUCCUGGGCAAUGUUUGAAAAAUUCUUCCAAGAAAAGAAAAACCUUAAAAUCAUCAACAAAGAGACACUUUUGGCUUUCAAUGACGCAUUGCCACAGGAAUUGAAGCUGGAAGCAGUCAAAGAUAUUAACACCAUGCUGCACUUUUUCCAUGACAUCAGAGAAAUUUUACACUUUGACCAAGAAUUUCUUAGAGGAAUCAUAAUUCUUGAUGUUCAAUGGUUUGCAGAUGCAUUCAAAAAUGUCAUUACCGAUAAAAACCAUGCAGCAGAGGAUUUAUUUAAGCUUGCCUCACAAUGGGAUAAAUUUAAUGAAACUGGAGAACUGAGUGACACACUGCUGUCUGCGAUAUGGAAAAUGAACAACAAUGGGUACCUUGAAUACAAAGAAGAUAUCAUGCGCUACAUGGAGAAGCUAGGACUCCUGGCUAAAAUGGAUGAAAACAAAUGGUAUGUCCCCUGUAUGAACAAGAAACCAUUUCCUGCAGAAUACUUUUCAUCAUACCCUGCCUCAUCCAUCCUCUGCUACGUCUUUGAUGCUCUUCCUGCUGGAAUUUUUCAGCGUCUAGUAGCUAUUUGCAUUCAAAUACCAUGGAAACUUAAUUCAAGUCGUGAUGAACUAUGCAUUUACCAGACAGUAGCUGUGUUUUGUUUUGAGAAUCAUAACAUUUUGAUUGGUAUGACACCAACAGAAAUUCAGUCACAAGUGUUUGUAAUUGAAGGAGAAGUCGAUAAAUCUAUAUGUCAACAAAUAAAGCACAAGAUCGACAAUAUACUGAACAUUCUCUCAGAAACAUUUCAUACAGACUCUAAAUUUUCGCACGCUUUCAAAUGCAAAGCUACGGGAUUCUGUGAUAACAAUGAAAGUUCUGUGAUCCCCCAAUCGGAUUUUAUAAAACCUAAUUUUCAGUGCCCUGCCUGUCCAGUUGGGAGAAUGCAUAACAUCAACUCAAAGGAUAUCAUGAAAUUUUGGAUCCAGGUACACGACGAUGAAACUAAGCUUACUGAAGAUAAACAUUCACCAUCAAGUAGUUCUGGAACCAGUAAGUCACAUCCUAAAGAUAAUUUUGCCAAGAUAUUAAUGUUAUUGCAAGUUGGAACUGAUGCAGUAAGAAUUUGCUUUGAUAAAUUCUUCCCAAAAGAAGAACUAGGAAAGACUCUGAAAGAAAAUGAAACAGACAUAAGAAGAGGACAGUUUCGAUUCCAACCACCUCAGUUAGAGAUUCUCUUCCCAAAACAAGGUGGAUCCAACACUGGUGUAUCAUCUUUAUCUAUGGACGUUACCAUCAUGUAUAAACUGUUGAGGAAUUUCUCGGACAUAGCUCCCCCAGGAAAUGGAUGGGGAAAAGAACCUAGAAUAGUGGACAUCACGGAGAGUGACGACAUAGAAAGAAUUCGUUUAUACAGAAAUAAUUACAGCCAUACUCCAGGAAGUAGCCCCGAAAUGAGUGAUGAUGUCUUUAACAUAAUCUGGGCUGAUAUUUCUCAGGCCAUAUUAAGACUUAGUGGUGAUGUUUUGAAGAGAAGAAUAAGUGAAAUAUAGCUGAGUGGAUAAUAAAAUUUGACAACAUUCACGUGACAACAACUCACAUUUUAAUGAAAAAUGUCUUUAUAAUGAAAUUUAGGUAUCUCCAUCCUCCUAUGAUGUCAUAGGUUUUGCAAAAACUGUUAUUAAUGUAAAUUCAUAUUCAAAAGAACAAUAUCUGUUGAAAGAAUGAUUUUUUAAUGGUGCAAUGAUAGAUUUAGAGGUUUUAAUUUUUUUUUUUUUUUUUUUUUUUUUUGCUUUAUGCCUGUACACUCCAGUAAUAUUUUCAUUGUAUUUAGUUUUACUUUCAAAGCUUUAAGGUGAUGUAGUUUGGUUAAAUUGAGGUCAUAACAAAUGUACAGAUUCAGACGGAUGUUAGAUUAGAACUAAAAUGAGGAAAAAAAUUGUACAGUUUCUUUGCAUAUAACAUUUCCUGAAAACUCUUUUUAGAACAGCAAUUGCAACAUGAUGUUAUUGAUACUGAAAAUGAAACGUACUUUUGUAGCGUGCAUUCAAAAACCUUUUUGAGCUAGUUUUAAGUUAAAUAAAAUAACGAAAAAUGAUCAUCUGGUUAAGUCCAUCGCUUUUGUAAUAGGGAAAAGAGAAAUUAGUUAACAUAAUCUGAACAUAUAUAGAUUAAUAUACAUGUAUAAUGAAAAAAAUGUGGUUGGAUCGGAAAUCAAACUAGGAGCCUUGCAAACUAGCUAUUGAGGUUCAGAAACUACUGAGCAUUCCAGGUUGAUGUCUUCAUUCCACCCUAAACUACUACAAAACAAUACAAAUUAUUAGCAGAGGUGGGAAUAACCAUUCCAUGCAGAACAAGUUCUAUCCAUCGAGUCUCAAUUGCAUGAUUUGAUAAACUGAUGCAUUUCGGUGUCAAAAAUAUAAUUGAUAUGUAGAGAUGGCAAUUUGUAACCUGGUUAUCGAUAAAUUGGUCGGAAGGAUGGUAUUAGUUAGAAAAUCUGUAUUCGUUUAAUCGAAAAAAUUUUCAAAAAAAUUUGAAGGUUAUUUUCUUAAAUUUUAAUUAAGAUUAUUUAGGGUUAAUAGUGGUAUUCAAGAUUAAGAUUGUGGGAUAAUUGAUUAAGAGUUAAUUACAUAGUUAUAGAUAUUUCUUUCAUUCAAUAGAUGUUCAAUAGAUCUUCCUUCGGUAUGAUUAUGAAGAAUCCUUGAAAUACUAUGGUGGCAGAGUAAAAUUUGUAGAUAUUUUUAUCAGUUUAUUAUGAUUAAUUAAUUUAGUAUUUUCAUUAGUUAGAAAAUUAUUUGAACCAUGAAUUUGUUGAAUGUGAAUAUAUAUUUAAACUACUAUUUAAGUUAUUUUCUAAAUGAGUAUAUCACUAAUGUGAGUAUUUUAACUUUUACACACUGUACCUAUAUUUAGAGGGAAUACCCUUUUCCUUGCUUUUCAUUGGUCAGUGUGGUCAAUUGUAAAGAAUUUGGUCAUGUGAUACUUUUGGGGGGAGAUUUACUGUUGUGUGUUAUAUGUAGUUCCUGUGCUGCAUUCUGUGUUGUGUCAGUCAGUUUUGUCCAAAAUUUUAACCUGUAAUUGGAAUCUGUUUCAUAAUCAGGUCAGAAAAUUUGUAUUUACCUAUAUAGUCUUUCUAUUAGAUACAUAAGUAUGUGUUCCGUAAUAUUAGAAAUAGUUAGAUACCAAUUCUAUUAAAAUGGCUGAUUGUACUGAAAGAACGAGUAUGAGUGUAACAUUUAUUUUGAAAGGAAAUACAGGAUUGGUAAUAUAAAUAUAGAUAUAGCAUAGUGAACUGAAUAGCUGAAUUAAGUUAGUGAAUUUAUUUUUACCUUUAGAUAGAAUUCACAGGAUCAGAGGAUGUAGGCUUAACUUAUUGUAAGUCUACCUUUACACCUCAUGUGAGGUAAGCAUUAUUUCUAGAGUUUUUGGUUUGAAAUAUAUAUCCUGACACAUUUAUGAUCAUAAUACUGAUGAAACAUACAUGUAAACAUGUUCUUCAUGAAUUCAUGUGAAAUAAGGUCUUGCAUGAUAAUAUGCAGUGAGACUUAAAUGAGUAUAUUAUCAGUAUAUUUAUAAUACUUUGUUUGUCAUAAUAAUGAGCAGUCAUAGAUAAUUUUCACAGACCCAAAUAUUUUUGAGUCUUGUGUAUAAAGGAAAAUAUCUGGUAUUUUCAUUUUAUCCCGAAACAUGAGACUAAGAGUUAUCUUUCUUGCAAUGUUGUUUAUUAAGCUUUUUACUAUGUUCCAGGGUCAAAACCUCAACCGAUGUAUUAUCGUUAAAUAAAUGGUGUAAACUUUACUAUAGUCAUUUCAUCCC